UUUAAGAAAAAUGUUACUAUAUUACACUUAUUAUUCAACAAACUCUUCAUCUUGCAUUUAAUACACUCAACAACUUCUUCAUACUCACCUCUCAUUUCUAAUCUAUCAAACUUUCCCAUCUUUUCUUGUCUUACCAACAUGUCAUAUACAUAAACUCAUCAAUAGGAGCAAAUUUUCUUAAUUUUCUCAUCUUUUGUUUUGUUUCUUAAUUUUUUUUCAUAAACUUCAACCAUGUCUUCUUCCAUUCAAAUGGCAUCUUUUAACAAAUUUGGUUACCAAAAGCUAAGACAUGAAGUUGGUUAUGAUCAUGAUGAAGUUGAGAGAGUGAUUCAAAGGCCAAAGAAUUUGUUAAGGUUUAGAAGAAUCCCUAUGAGGAGAAGGUUUAGGUUGAAAAUUCCAAGCUUGAGAAGACUUUGGAGGAAGAAAUCAAAAGUGGUGUCUUCAAUGAGAAUUUCUUGUGCUAAAGUGGUGAAAAGGUUCAAAGAUGGACAAGUUCAUUUUGGUGAUCUUUUUGCUGGAAAUUAUUUGUUCAUGCAAGUUAAUCCUUCAUCAUUUAAUUAUCUUGGAAAGGAGAUUACUAUUCCCAAAAUUGCUUAAUGUCUUGUUUAUUUUUGGUAUGCAAUUUAUGAAGAAAUAUUUUGGUUUUCUUGUCUCCUUGUAUUAUUAUAAAGCCUUGUUUAGCUAAAGCAAAAGGUUACCAAUUGUGCAAAAUGUUCUGUUUGGUGUAGCAAAAUUACUUUUUAAGGUUUUUUUUUUUAAGCUAAAAACAUGAAGCACAAGUAAAGGUAAAGUCGUUCUAACUAGCCUUGUAAAGAGAGUAUUCUUAGUACUCUUCAUCAUAAUCUAUUUUGAUAGAGCUA